AUGAGGGAAAAUAAGAACAUGUCCGAGUCCCCUUCUCAAGCGGGAAAAGAAAUACCGGCGAAAAAACAAAAACUAAGCAGUGACGAGAACAGUAACCCCGAUUUAUCAGGAGACGAGAAUGAUGAUGCUGUCAGCGUUGAGAGUGGGACCAAUGCGGAACGUCCAGACACACCCACUAACACUGCCAACGCCCCGGGCAGAAAGAGCUGGGGCAAGGGCAAGUGGAAGUCCAAGAAGUGCAGAUACUCUUUUAAAUGUGUCAACAGUCUGAGGGAGGAUCACGGCCAGCCACUGUUUGGAGUCCAGUUUAACUGGCACAGCAAGGAGGGAGACCCGCUGGUGUUUGCCACAGUUGGGAGUAACAGGGUAACUUUGUAUGAAUGUCACUCUCAGGGAGAAAUAAGACUCCUGCAGUCUUAUGUCGAUGCAGACGCCGAGGAAAACUUCUAUACUUGUGCCUGGACCUAUGACACCAACACAAGUCACCCCCUGCUGGCUGUCGCCGGGUCCCGCGGCAUUAUUCGAGUGAUCAACCACAUCACGAUGCAGUGCAUCAAGCAUUAUGUAGGUCAUGGAAACGCCAUCAAUGAGCUCAAGUUUCACCCGAGAGAUCCCAAUCUCCUCCUGUCCGUCAGCAAAGAUCAUGCCCUUCGUCUAUGGAACAUUCAAACAGACACAUUAGUGGCGAUAUUUGGCGGUGUGGAAGGUCAUCGAGACGAAGUCCUGAGUGCCGAUUUUGAUCUUCUGGGUGAAAAGAUUAUGUCAUGUGGGAUGGACCACUCCCUAAAACUGUGGAGGAUCAAUUCAGAGAGAAUGCAGAAAGCCAUUCGUGGAUCUUAUGAGUACAACCCCUCAAAGACCAAUAGGCCUUUCGUCUCACAGAAAAUUCACUUCCCUGAUUUCUCAACACGAGACAUCCACAGAAACUAUGUGGACUGUGUGCGGUGGCUGGGAGACCUUAUUCUGUCCAAGUCCUGUGAAAAUGCCAUCGUGUGCUGGAAACCAGGAAAGAUGGAGGACGACAUCGAUCACAUUAAACCCAAUGAGUCGAAUGUGACGAUUCUGGGACGUUUUGAUUACAGCCAGUGUGACAUCUGGUACAUGCGCUUCUCCAUGGACUUCUGGCAGAAGAUGCUGGCUCUGGGAAACCAGGUGGGGAAGCUUUAUGUGUGGGACCUUGAAGUGGAAGAUCCUCAUAAAGCAAAGUGCACCACGCUGACCCUCCCCAAAUGCAUGUCCGCCAUCCGACAAACCAGUUUCAGCCGCGACAGCAGCAUUUUGAUAGCUGUGUGUGACGACGCUUCGAUCUGGCGCUGGGACCGACAGCGCUGAGAGGUUCUGACUGAAAGAAAUUUUGGUGCCUGUUGCUUUUACCCAUCCCAACCUGUUUCAUGUUGUACAGAUCUACACUGCAGAAAAUGUUCCUAUGAACACUUUGUCUCAUGUGUUUGAUCUAAAGAUACUGUAUUUCCUGCAGAGUGAGAAAUCGUGCCAGAGUGAGAUGAUCUUGUGCUGCUCCAGUCGAGGAGUUUUUCAUUUCCUGUUUGUUUGAGGGCAGAAUUAACGAGACAAAAUGACAGAUUUCUGAGAAUUUUAACGUCGGAAUGAGAAACUGAACAUCAGUGAUGAUCUGAGAUCAUUGAGCCACAAAAAUAAAGAAGAAAUCUAUGGAAUUUUGUUCUAAAUAAUAGAUGAAUAUUUUUAAUUUUAAGGAACAGGAAUUCAUUCAUUGAAAGUUCAUAAAUUAAUCAAUAACACGGAUUUCAAUUCUUGAAAAGGAAUUGUGGGUAUCUCUGCCACCUGGCAGAUUUUUGUCACUUGUAGGAAAAUGAAGCUGAUGAAACAAGUAAGGAUGUUUUAUUUCUUGUGUGUGCCAUAUUUUAUAUCCAUUAGUGCACACAAAACAAAAUGAAGAUUUUUUUGUCCUUUUUUCCUCAGUUUUUCUAACUUUUCCUACUUCCUUUGCAUCUUUUUUAACUUGGUUUGCUUCCACCCCCUUCAACCCUCCCCCCUACACACACACACACACACACACACACACACACAUACACACAGAGUCUUGACUGUUUCUUGCAUCAUUUACAGUAUGCCAUUGACAUUUGAGGCUUUAUUGAGUGCAGUCAAUAAAAUGAUUUUUGUAAAUAAUAUAAUCAAGAGUCAGUUUGUGCAGUCCAGAGUAUGGACAGUUGAAAAUAUUCCACUUUUGUUGAUUGUUGUGCUGGAAGUGUCUUUAUCUCUGUGGCUCUCUGUAAGAGACUGGAGAAAUUAAGCACACUUGACCUUUGGAUGAUUGGAUCUUUUUACAAUAGCAAACUGGCUUUAAUUUUGGAAGGUUAGACUUAAUCCCAUGAAGGGAGCCCCUCCUCUACCUCAAGGGGUGGGGGGGGGGUGGG